UCACAUUAUGGCUGAAAAUUGGGUAUCCAAACAGCCGAAUUACUCUCUCUAUCCAAACAGCUGAAUUACUCUCUCUUUCUCUCUCUUAUCCAAUUUUGUGCUUCAUAAUUUCAUGCAUUCAUUACCCAAGCAAUGGCGCCUUCUUCACUCUCCUCUCCGCUCCAUACAUGGCUUGUGGCAGCACGUCAAUCGGACAACCUUUGCAACUCGCGCACCAGGAAGAGAAUCGUAACUCAUUGCGGCAACCGCGGCAAAACUAGGGUUGUGGCUGAGCAAUCUGCAAAGGAAGCACCGAAGCCGAAGAGGAGAGUUGUUGUGACUGGAGUUGGUGUUGUAACUCCGAUUGGGCAUGACACAGACUUGUUCUACAAUAAUCUCCUUGAAGGUGUUAGUGGCAUCAGUGAGAUUGAGGGUUUCGACUGUUCUAAAUUUCCCACUAGAAUUGCAGGGGAAAUCAAGAAGUUUUCAGCUGAUGGGUGGGUUUCACCUAAACUUGUUAAUAGAGCAGAUAAGUCUAUGCUUUAUAUGCUCACUGCUGGGAAGAAGGCUCUGGAGGAUGGUGGAGUCACAGAUGAUGUUAUAGCAGAGUUAGAUAAAACGAAAUGUGGGAUUGUAAUUGGUUCUGCUCUUGGGGGUCUCAAGGUUUGUACUGAUGCAGUAGAGGCUUCAUUGGUAUCAUACAGAAAAGUAAAUCCUUUCAGUAUACCUUUUGGUUCACAUAGUAUGGGAGCUGCCAUUCUUGCAAUGGAUUUGGAUUGGAUGGGUCCAAAUUAUGCCAUAAAUGCAAAUGGUGCAACAAGCAACUUCUGCAUCCUAAAUGCUGCAAAUCAUAUCUUAAGGGGAAAUACAGAUAUGAUGCUUUGUGGUGGCACAGAAUCAGCACUUACUCCUAUAGGCCUUGGAGGCUACGUUUCAUGUGCAGCCCUCUCAAAGAGGAAUAGCGAUCCAACAAGAGCUUCUCGUCCUUGGGAUAGGGAGAGGGAUGGAUCUGUUUUGGGGGAAGGAUCUGGUGUGUUACUCUUGGAAGAACUAAAUCAUGCAAAGAAAAGAAAGGCAAAAAUAUAUGCAGAGAUACUAGGUGGAAGCCUCACUUGUGAUGCUUACAACGUGACCGAGCCACACCCAGAUGGAGCUGGUACUGUUCUGUGCAUCGAGAAGGCCUUAGCUCAAUCCGGGGUGGGCAGAGAAGAUGUCAAUUAUAUCAAUGCUCAUGCCUCUUCAACCCCAGAUGGUGAUCUGAGAGAGUAUGAAGCUCUAAUCCAUUGUUUCAGACAGAAUCCCGAGCUUAAAAUGAAUUCUACAAAAUCUAUGAUUGGCAACCUCCUGGGGGCUGCUGGUGCAGUGGAAGCGAUUGCAACGGUUAAGGCUAUACAGACAGGGUGGAUCCAUCCAAAUCCCAAUCUUGAAAACCCUGACAAAGGCUUUGAUACAAAUGUGGUGGUUGGUAGAAAGAAGGAGAAGCUGACCAUAAAAGUGGCCCUUUCUAAUUCAUUUGGCUUUGGAGGACUCAACUCUUGUAUUCUAUUCGCCCCCUACAAGGAUGAUGACUAAAACCCCAAACAGAACCUCCGGAUGGGUUGAAAGAACCUCUUAUUU